UCGGGUGGGGGGGGGCGAGGGGCUGAGGGGGGCCUGAGGGGGGGCUGAGGGGGGCUGAGGGGGGGCUGAAGGGGGCUGCGAGCGAGCGGCCCAGGGCCCCCCGCCGACUCGGCGAGGGGGGCCGCCCACGCCAUGGGCUGCGGCUCGUCCAGCCGCUGCCGCCAGCCGGCCGCUUUGAGCAAGACGCAGAGAGCCAUGAAGUCGGCGGUGCUGAUCCAGCGCUGGUACCGGCGCCACGUGGCCCGGCUGGAGGCGCGGCGGCAGUGUACCUGGAGGAUCUUCCAGUCCAUCGAGUACGCGGCCGAGCAGGACCAGCUCAAGCUUCACAACUUCUUCAGCUCGCUCAUCGAGCAGCACACGCUGCGGGAGCCGGGGGAGAGCGGCGCUGGCGGAGAGGGGGACGAGGUUCCACGCUGGCUCAGGUGCCCCCCGGGCGGCAGCUGCGAGGAGGAGUCGGCGCUGUGCGACGCCAUCCAGGUGCCCGGCGACUACACGGGCCCGCGGCUCGACUUCCCGCUCGCGCCCGGCCAGGCCGUGGCCCUCGUCAACGCCUUCAAGAAGAAGCAGGUGCUGCACACUCGCUUCGCACUGCGCCUGCUGCUGGAGGCCCGGAGCCUGCUGCACCACCUGCCCACCGUGCGCCACGCCUCCACCGCCAACAGGCGCGACGUCACCGUGUGCGGGGACCUCCAUGGGCAGCUGGACGACCUCUUCCUCAUCUUCUACAAGAACGGGCUGCCGGGUGUCGAUCGGCCGUACAUCUUCAACGGCGACUUUGUGGACCGCGGCUCGCGCUCGCUGGAGGUGCUGCUCGUGCUGCUCGCAUUCCUGCUAGCCCACCCACACGACGUCUUCCUGAACCGCGGCAACCACGAAGACUACGUCAUGAACAUGCGCUACGGCUUCACGAAGGAGAUUCUGAUGAAGUACAAGGUGCACGGGCGGCUGAUGGUGCGCGUGGUGCGGGACCUCUUCAGCUGGCUGCCGCUCGCCACCGUGGUGGACGGCAAGGUGCUGGUGGUGCACGGGGGGCUGUCGGCAGCCACCGACCUGGAGCUGCUCGCCCGCAUCGACCGACACCGGUUCGUGUCGGCUCUCAGGCCGCCCAAGCGACAGACGAGUCGGGGCCUCGACUCUCCCCCUGCCGACUCCUCCUCCUCUCCCUCGUCGCCCGCUCGUCAACAGCGCUCCGCCUACUCCUCCGUGUCCGACGACGUCGCCCUCGACGGAGAGUGGAAGCAGGUGGUGGACGUGCUGUGGAGUGACCCCGUGCUCCAGGAUGGCUGCACCCCCAACUCGUACCGCGGUGGGGGCUGCUACUUCGGGCCGGACGUGACGCGCGAAGUGCUGCAUCGCCACGGCCUGCAGCUGCUGGUGCGGUCGCACGAGUGCAAGCAGGAGGGAUACGAGCGCACGCACGGGGGCCAGGUCAUCACAAUCUUCUCUGCCUCCAAUUACUACGAGGUGGGCAGCAACCGCGGGGCCUACAUGCGCCUGGGGCCCGAGCUCACGCCCAGCUUUGUGCAGUACCAAGUGGGCAAGGCCACUCGCAAGCUCACCCUGAGACAGAGGGUGAGCGCUGUGGAGCAGUCGGCCAUCGCGGCCCUGCAGGAGAAGCUGCUCGCUCACCGCAGUCAGCUGAUGGCCGCCUUUGAGCGUGCGGACUCUGGGCACACUGGCUUGGUGUCCGUGUCGGAGUGGGCGCUGCUCGUGGAGCAGGAGCUGCAGCUGGGGCUGCCGUGGCGCUCGCUUCACCAGCAGCUCGCGGGCGCCGCGGCGCCGGCGGCUCCCGACGGCUCCGUCGCCUACGCCGGCUGCUUCCCCGAGCGGCGCGCCGGGCAGACGCAGCUGCACUCGAGCAUGCAGCCGGGACUCAUAGAGACGAUCUACCGGCACCGCAACAGCCUCGAGUCCAUCUUCCACGCCAUCGACCAAGACCACUCGGGCUUCAUCUCCUUCGAGGAGUUCCGCCAGGCGUGGCGCCUGCUGAGCUCUCACGUGCAGGAGGGCGUCAGCGACGACGACGUCCUCGGCCUCGCCCGCUCCAUCGACUUCAACCAGGACGGCUCCAUCGACUUCAACGAGUUCCUCGAGGCGUUCCGCCUGGCCGAAAAGCCGCAGUAGCCUUCCCCCUCGCCGCAGUCGCACCGAGGGAGACGGAGCGGCGGAAUCGUGGAGCGUCGAUGGAUCGCUACUGUCUCUCCCCCUCUCCCGCUCCGGAUGCGUCUUCCGUGGACGUGCCGCGCGAUUUUCGCGACGCCGCCGCCAAUGAUUGUCCCCCCCGCCCCCACGCGUGCCGGGGAGCUUCUUCUGAAAAUUUGGUUCCCGAAUACGGGUCUUUGGUUGAUGCUCAUGACGGGCCUGCGGUGGAAAUUCCACAUUCAUCUCUACCUCCACACUACCAUCGCUCUCCAGCCUCCGUGUAGCUGCUGCGCAGGAAGGAGAUGCACAGCGACCUCUUGCAAGAGCCCUACGUCAGCAAUCGGAGACCUCCGUUUGGAACGCUCGGCGCGAAGCAGCGCCACCUCCCUGGGCAGCAGCAGGGAGAAAGAUUUGUGGAAGUCGACGCCUCGGAACCACCUUCCAUGCCUGCUUCAUUGGCCUCUUCAUCCCCGCUGGGGGCGAGCACCUUGAAGGUGUCUUGCAAGCAGACACUAAAACUCGUGUUUGAAUUCACACAACUGCAAUCGGCCAAAUCUCGUGGCAAAACUCGUGUCGGGAGCAGUGGCGCAGUGGUUGACACGCUUGCGCUAUGAUCUCGACAAGCUGAGUUCAAUUCCUGGCUAUGGCUAACAUCCGUGACGUUUGGUCAGACCAGCUCCUAUGACCGACAGUGCAGGGAAGCCUUCAUCCAGAUUGACAAAGGGCUGUGAUUUUGCUAAAAUUUCAGUUUGUGUGUUCAUCAGCGAUGGGGCUGAGACCACCGGCCAAUUCAUCUUGAGAAGCCAAUUGAUUAAAUCUGACAUCUGAACACAAUGAUUCCUAAAUUCUGUCUCAACCAAGGGACACAUGGUGAGCCAUAAAAUCCCCCUUUCCCCCUCUGUUCGCCCUGCCCACUUUUGCAAGCCCCACCCCCUCGGCCACUAGC